GAUAUACGAUGGCGUAUCGUUGCAAUCUUUGCGUGAAUUUCAUCGCCAUUACAUUGUCCUUUCUGCUUAACCAUUUGUAUCGUUGUCAUUCCAGCGAUCCGAACUUCCACGCUCUUUGUGGAAUUAAUGGCUGCGCGAAGACCUACAGGAAAUGCAUUUCUUUCCGAAACCAUAUCAUUAGAAAGCACGGAGAUUUGUUAAAGGCCGAAAAAAGUGGAGGAAACGUACAAGAGAUCAAUCACAACUCGAGUGGAAGUGAUAUGGAUGGUGAAAUAAAUGAAGACGACGAUGGCACCUACGAUUUUGCACCUUUGCCGCCGUUUGACUUUCAGCGAGUAUCGGAAGAAAUCCGUCGUACUGGCGCCCUACAUUUGUUGAGAAUGAAAGAUAAAGACAGAGUUUCGCAGGCAGGUAUCGAUUCUUUCAUUGAAAAUACCACCAGCAUAGUGAGAACAAGUAUAGAGAUACUAAAAGCCGGACUUAUGAACAGAUUGGAUACAGCCGGAAUAGAUUUUAGCGCAGUUCCCGGCCUGCCAGAACUUUUCCAGGAAGACAGCUUGGCAGUGAAUCCUUUUUCUGGCUUAACAAACGAAAACGAGCAAAACAAAUACUUUAAAGAUCACUUGAAUCUUGUGGAGCCAAGAAAGAUUGUCAUGGGACAGUACCAUAAGAAGGUGCGUAGAGGGAACAAGUUAAAGGACAUUAGAAAAACAGAUGAUGCAUACUACAUUCCAUUACUCGAAAGUCUGGAGCAGCUGUUGAAUGAUGACUCUAUUUUAGAAGAGAUUGACAAUCCACACAUAAGAAAUGAUGGUCUUCUUAGUGACUACUGUGAUGGAGACAUUUUCAGACAACAUCCACUUUUCUCACGGGAUCCCAAAGCCUUGCAAUUGAUUCUAUAUUUUGAUGAAUUUGAAGUAUGCAAUCCUCUUGGAUCAAGGGCCAAUAAGCACAAGAUUGGAGGCUUUUAUUACACUCUUGGAAACAUACGACCAGAAAAUAGAUCACACAAGAAUGCCAUUCAGUUACUUGGCCUAGUUACAACCAAACACCUAAAAAAAUAUGGAGUGGAACCUCUACUGAAUGCUUUUAUGCAAGAUUUGGCUCAACUAGAACAAGAUGCAGGUCACCAGUUUCUGAUAAAUGGGGAACCUCGAUCACUUCGGGGAUCAGUUGCUUUUUUUUGCGGGGAUAAUCUUGGCUCCCAGUUCAUUGGAGGAUUCAAGGAAGGAUCGCAGGCGCAUAGACCUUGUAGGGAGUGCAUGGGCGACAAAAAUCAGAUUAAGACUCAUUUUCAUGAAAGAGAUUUUGUUUUGAGAACCCGUGAUAGCCAUAACAGACAGUGCAUUCGACUUGUCAACAACCCACAUUACAGUAAGACGUAUGGUAUCAACUCUGAUUCUGUUCUGAACAAAUCAAGGUAUUAUCAUGUGGUUGGCGGGCUGCCUCCAGAUGCAAUGCAUGAUAUCUUGGAAGGUGUUCUGCAUUACAGUGUCAAAGAAACGUUGAAAGUAUUGAUAUUUGAAAAGCAAUUUAUUACAAUUGAUGAACUCAAUGAACGCAUCUCUUCUUUUGAUUAUGGCUAUCAAAAUGAUUCAAACAAGCCAGCACCAAUCCAGCGAAGUCGCCUUCUGUCAGAUGACCACACUAUCAAACAGCAUGCAAACCAAAUUUGGUGCCUGGCCAGAAAUCUGCCUCUUCUGAUUGGUGGUCUUAUUCCUGAUGAAGAUGAACACUGGGGUCUUUUCUGUGAUUUGCUUGAGAUAAUGCGCAUAAUUUUUGCACCAACAGUGAGUGCUAAUCAAGUGGCUUAUUUACAAGUUUUGAUUCAAAAUCACCAUGAGAAGUUUAAAGAAUUAUAUCCAGACUGUUCCAUAACACCCAAGAUGCAUUACAUGAUACAUAUGCCACGAACAAUAUUGAGCAUUGGACCUCUCAUACGAAGCUGGUGCAUGCGCUUCGAGGCUAAGCAUCAUGAAUUCAAGCGGCUUGCAGCACACUUGGGAAAUUUCACAAACUUGCCCUAUUCUCUUGCAAAGCGUCACCAAGAGGGUGUAUGUUACCGUCUUCAAACUUCAGAGGGCAAUCUGUCAUCUUUUAUCAAGAAAGGGAUUGAAACAGGACCAGGUCACUGCUGCUAUGCAGGAGAUGUGGACUACUGCAAUGUCCUUUCUGGGGAUAAUCCAGAAGUUACUAAUGAGACACCAAUAACUGAGUUGAAAUGGGUUUCUAUUCUUGGAACUAAAUACAAAACUGGCUGCACUUUGCAAAUUGACACAGAUCAGUACGACAAUCCAGUUUUUGGACAAGUACUGAAAAUUUGCAUUGUAGAUGGAAACUUCAGUGAUAUUUGCUUUGUUGUCUCAAAACUGACAACCACUCAGUUUGACAGCCAUUAUCAAAGUUUUGAGGUGCAAACCAUACACCCUAGAAGGAAACUGAUAGUUCACCACACAGACCUGGCCUCUUUCUUGCCUCUAAAUCAAGUCAAACCGUAUGGUGUUGUAACAAGAAAUAAAUAUAUUGUGCAAAGAUUUGACAUUGGAACAAUCAAUUAACGAAAGAUUUAAUUCGUAUGAGCAACAUAAACAUUUCAUUUGGUGCACAAAAGCGAUCAAUACAGUGUUGUUUUCUUUUUUUUCUAAUCUUGCUUUUGGUCUUUAAGGGGGAAAAUAUUACAGCUGCUGUUCAAUUACUGUAUGUACCCCUUUCAUGGAUUAAGUAUGUGAUGUCACUGAGAUUGACAAAGAGCUCUAAUUACAAGCAAAUAAUUUAUCUUUAUGCCCACAAAUAAUGUGCCCAAGGUUAUAAAAAGGGCUUGAAUGAUUUGUAUGUGUCUAGUACAGUUUAAAGAAAUUCACCAUUUUUCCAGUUUUUAACUUGUACAGUUUUAAUUUUCAAUAUCAUAAUGUAACAUGAAUUUAGCUGAUCUCGCAUGCAUUUUUGACUGGUUUAAAAUAAUUUCACAUAGGUUAGUUAUUGAUUUUUAAUUAUUGUGUAUUUUAGAGGGCCACAAGUUUAUUAAUUGUAUAACUAUUACAUGCUUUACCCUUGACAGUAUAAAUAAAGAUUGAUUGGUUGAUAAACAAUAUACUGUCUAUUUUAUCACUUUAUAAUGUAUAAUACUUUUCUCUCCACCAUAGUCUAGAAAUAUUUUGUCAUAAGCUUGAAUAAUGAGCUAGAUAAAAUUAACCAUAGAUUAUGUGCUCAAGAUUUCUAUGAUGUGGUAGUUGAAGAGUCGAAGCACUCGGCCAAUCAGAUUGCAGCAUUUCCAUUAGUGUUCAAAUAUUGAAAAUCUGGCAUUGUGAUGGGUUCUCCAUUAUUUUCUAUAUUGCAGUUAGAUUAUGAGCUCGUGAUUUCUAUAUUGUGCAGUAGGAAUCUAGAGUGAACAUGGUAACAUUUACUUCUUGAUAUAGUUUAAGUAACUCAUAAUUACUGUCAGAGUGCAAGGAGAUCGUCCAACAAAUGAGUGACCAAAAACCACAUUGUAGUGAUGACAUGAUCACUCUACGAAUCCAGUGGCUUUGAUGCAUUAAUCACAUAGAUUAAUUAAUAUAAAUAAAUACCUCCCAUGCAGUAAGAAAAAAAAUAACUCUCUUCCCCAAAGUAAGUUAUUUUAACUCUUCUAUAAGAGUUGAAGUAACUCCUCCAAAGUGGCUUCCAACUGAAAGUGAAUAAAAUUCACUCUCUGGUAGAGUGAAACUAACUCAUUCAGAUAGAGUGAAACUAACUCUUCUCACAGAGUAAAUGUAACUCCUUCCAAGGAACUCCGAAACUGAGUUAUACUAACUCUACUUGGCGAGUUAAAAUAACUCCGGCCUCCUGAUGGCUGGAAUUCAACUCCUACAUGGAGUAAAAUUUAACUCUGUUUAAGGAGUUAAAUUAAGGCCUAAAAAUCAACUCCUACAAGAGGAGUUAAGUUAACUCCACGGCGAGUAUUAUGAACUCCUUUUUGGGGUUAAAAUAAAAUUAACCCCACAAUGGGGGUUAAUUUAACUCGCUGAAAUUUACUGUGUGCAGCCCAAGCAUUAUGAGCAAAUAAAUUUCUGCAUAAAAUCACCAAGUAAGCACUUUCUUCUUUAAAAUUAAAUGAACGGUACAUGAGUAAGAUUUCCAUCUAUCAGUGACAAAAAUAUAACAAAUAGUAAUACAGACCAACUUUCCACCCCCUCUUCCCCGGAAAACCUGCUCCAAAGAAUCUCCUCUUCCUCUUCUUCCCGGGCAACUUGCUCGACAUAAGUGGCUGCUUCUUGUUUGUUUGCCAUCGGCUCCAAGUUUUCAUCGUACGGCAAAAAGUCAUCAGUUUUUGAAUGGAAGCUAUCCUCGGAGGCUACAGAAGACUGUUCCUCAGUGCUUUCAAAGGAGUGAUCCGAAAUUUGGUCUCUGGAGACACAAGCCAUUUCACAAAAACACCACAAAACAGACAACAACAGUGAUACAAAAGCAGCUAAAACAGCGACUGAUUGCAAAUGAACGUGAAGCCUUUGACGUCACAACCAACGAGUCCGCUGGAAAAUUGCAUGCUCAUCUGGAAGGAGUUUUCGUAAUGGCAGAUGCCUUUUAGGCAACUUUUAGAGCUGAAAAUUUUGAGGAUAGAAGGUUUGAUGUUCGUGUUUUUUGGCAAAUAUAGUUACUAGUUAACAUAAAUAGAUAUUCUAUGAGGAAACAUGCGCGAAAGAAAAGUAUUGAUUUUCGUCUCAGGGGCACUUUAAAGAUGUCCAAUAGCAAAAUGGUGGCGAGU